AUGGCGCCGGAGAAGAAGAACUCGGCUGGCACCUCCCGGCGGUCAUCGAGGGUGACUUCUGCUGCAUCCUCGGCGUUUGCCACCCCCGAGCCCGCCAGCAAACCUCUUCGUGGCAAGUCCAAGUUGGCACAGGCUGUCGUUCCCGACUCAGACGGCUCAGGCGACGAGAUUCGUGUUGCAACACCUCCCAAGAGAUCAUCGUCGUUCAAGGGCGUCUAUGUUCCUGUCCCCAAAAGAUCAUCCCAUAGCCUUCGACCCAUGAGCGAUUCCUCGGGCCCAUCCUCUGUCGCCGAGACCGAUGGAAGCGCCGAAUAUGAUACACCAGCUACGAGUGCCAUGAAUACACCUGCCAUGCAACUCCCGAAGAUCAGUGCAACUGCUCGGGCGCUCGAGCUACGCAUGUCAGCCAAUGCCCUCGGCACCCGAUCUACCUCCAAGAAGCGCAAGGCUGAAGAAGAUUACGCCGACGAAGAAGAUGCCGACUCGAGGCUGGCUGCUCGUCUACAGGCUGAGGAGUACGGUGAUGCUGACAGUAUGUCUCUCGACGAGGAGUCUGAAUACAACCCUCGAGCUAAACGUCAGCGACGUGGCAUCAAAGAUGAGCCCAUCGAGCUUGACUCGGAUGACGACGACAUUCCCCUCGCCCUCUCGCGUCGUCCCACUGCAUCGAUCAAGGCCACUAUCCGUCAGCCCAGUGUUGCGGCGAGCGAUAAUUCUAGCCUUCUCUCAAUCAGAUCUAGCAUGGACUCGUCCGCCUUCAGUUAUGGUACCGACACUAGUGUCAGCGCAGACGAGGAUGAUGAGGAUGAUGUGCUGCUGCCUGUUCACACUCAACCCACGUCCACUAGAAAUCGACGUGGUAGACGUGGACGCAGUAGGCCUGACAAGCAUAUGAAUCGAGCUGACAAGGAGCGCGCCAAACUCGAAAAAGCCCAUCCCGAGAUCAAAACCAUGUGGCAUGAUCUGAGCAACAUCGAGAGAAUUGCACCCGUCGCAGGUGACCAGCCCCAAGGCAUCAACCGCAAGCUCAAGCAAUUCCAGCUCGAAGGUGUAGACUGGAUGAGAAAACAAGAACAGUCCCAGUGGCGCGGCGGGCUGCUCGGUGAUGAGAUGGGCAUGGGCAAAACGAUCCAAGCCGUCAGUCUUAUCAUGUCCGACUUUCCCGCCAAGGCACCCGCCCUUGUCGUUGUUCCGCCUGUUGCGUUGAUGCAAUGGAAAGCCGAGAUCGAGUCAUACACUGAUGGAAAGUUGUCAGUGCUUGUCUAUCACAUUUCUGCAAACCCCAAGUGCAAGAAAAUGACCGUCAAAGACCUCAAGAAGUAUAACGUCAUUAUGGUCUCCUAUUCUAGCCUGGAAUCCAUGUAUCGGAAGGAAAGCAAGGGCUGGAACCGCGAGGACGGCAUCGUCAAGGAAGACAGCGUUUUGCACGCGAUCAAGUACCACCGUGUUAUCCUCGACGAGGCCCACAGCAUCAAACAGCGGACUACCGGCGUUGCUCGGGCGUGCUUCGCUCUCAAGGCUGACUACAAGUGGUGUCUGUCAGGCACACCAGUGCAGAACCGAAUCGGCGAGUUCUUCUCGCUGUUGCGCUUCUUGGAGAUCGCGCCUUUCGCCUGCUACUUCUGCAAACAGUGCAAAUGUGCUGAGCUGCACUGGUCUCAGGACGAGAAGAAGAAAUGCGUCAAGUGUCAGCACUCUGGCUUUAACCAUGUUUCGGUAUUUAACCAAGAGAUCCUGAACCCAAUUACCGCCAGCCACGACGACAACCUGCGAAAGGAAGCUUUGAACAAAUUACGGCUGAUCACUGACCGAAUCAUGCUUCGUCGUUUGAAGCGUGAUCAUGUGUCUUCGAUGGAAUUGCCGCCCAAGGAUGUGGUCAUCCACAACGAGUUCUUCGGCGAGAUUGAGCGUGACUUCUCGCAAUCCAUCAUGUCCAACUCUAAUCGGAAAUUCGACACCUACGUUUCGCAAGGUGUCAUGCUUAACAACUAUGCCAACAUUUUCGGUCUGAUCAUGCAGAUGCGUCAAGUUGCCAAUCACCCUGAUCUUAUUCUUCGCAAGAACGCAGAAGGCGGUCAAAACGUCCUAGUCUGCCGCAUCUGCGAUGAGCCCGCCGAAGAGGCGAUCCGCAGCCGCUGCCACCACGAGUUCUGUCGUCAGUGUGCCAAGAACUAUGUCCGCGCCUUCGACGGCCAGGAAUCUGAGGCUGAAUGUCCACAAUGUCAUUUGCCUCUGGCAAUCGAUUGGGAACAGCCAGACAUCGAGCAGGAUGAGGAGAACGUGAAGAAGAGCAGCAUCAUCAACCGCAUCAAAAUGGACAACUGGACGUCGUCGACCAAGAUCGAGAUGCUGGUCUACGAUCUCUACAAGCUGCGCAGCCAGAAACAGACUCACAAGAGCAUCGUGUUCAGUCAAUUUACCAGCAUGCUGCAACUUGUGCAGUGGCGUCUGCAGAAGUCGGGCUUCAGUACUGUCUUGCUCGACGGCAGUAUGAGCCCUUCUCAACGCCAGAAGAGCAUCGAGCACUUCAUGCAGAACGUUGACGUGGAGGUGUUCCUUGUCUCACUCAAGGCUGGUGGUGUGGCAUUGAAUCUGACUGAGGCGAGCCGUGUCUUCAUCAUUGAUCCGUGGUGGAACCCUGCUGCUGAGUGGCAGUCGGCUGACCGUUGUCAUCGCAUCGGCCAGCGUCGUCCGUGCAAGAUUACACGUCUGCGUAUCGAGGACUCGGUCGAGUCACGUAUGGUGCUGUUGCAGGAGAAGAAGGCGAACAUGAUCAACGGCACGGUCAACAAUGAUCAGGUGGCACUUGACAAGCUGACGCCAGAGGAUAUGCAGUUCUUGUUCCGAGGCUCUUGA